AUGGAGAAGGAUGUUUAAUUAAAAGGAUAGGAGAUAAAUUUCACAACUCAAAAGAUGGAUUAUGAUUCAAUAAAGAUAUAUUGUCCUUUUCACAGAGAUUAGUUAAUCACUUUAAUCUGUAUUGAGAAUGAUUGCAAUGAAAAGUUAAUGUGCCCAAAGUGUUAAUUGUAUAAUAAUACUAACAAGCAUGAAAUGAUUUCUAUUUAAAAGUUUGCAUAAGUUAUUAGAAAUUAUGAGCAUAUAAAUAUGUUUGAUACAGAAUAGCAAUUAGUAUUUGAAGGCAAAUCUCUAAAGGCUAAGCUAAGCUACUUUAUGAAAGCAGCAGAUGAAACUAGAGAGAAACUAAUGGAAAUGGAUUUAAAAGCUAUAGAGGAGAUCAUGAAUAAUUGUUUAUAAUAAAUGAUGUCAAGUUUUAGUUUGCUCAAAGAAAAAAUAAAGAAUUCAUACAUGAAAAAAAUUGACGAAGUUAUUUCUUAGGAAGCUCUCCAUAACUUUGAGUUUAAGCUUAAAGCCCUUCAAAAAAUAUACAAACUAAUGAAAGAAAGCGACUAUUCAGAAACAAAUGCUUAAAUAAUUCAUCUGCACCAAGGAGGUUUUGAGCUCGAUUAUUCGCUUGAAAAAAACAAUAAAAUAUUUGGCGAUUUUAGAAAUAAAGUAGAAAUCUUUUCUGUAGAUAUUUUAAGAAUAUUUAAAACAUAAGUUGAUGAAUUUAGCAAAGUUUUUAGUGAUUUUGAAAAGAGAAAUUAGACAAAAUUCACUAAUGUAGCAAGAUCAAUUAUGAAUUAAUAGAAAUUUAUAUAAGAGGCUAAAUUAAGUACAAUGAAACUCCCUAAUUUAGUUAGUCAAAAGAGUUCAAGCUAAAAUUCUUUAAUUUAAAGUUAGACUCAAGAUAGCAAAUUAAAAACAAGGGCUUCCUUUAAUAAUCUAACAGGAUAAAUAUUGAAGACAGAACCAAAUGAGAGUUAGCAAGAUGAAAUAAUCGAAAAAAAUACUUAAAUUGUUAAAGGUAGAAAUUCUACAUAGUUGAUGGCGAAGAGAUCGAGUGCAAUUUUGAAUUAAAUCUCUCCAAGUGCUAAUUCUCUAAAUGAUUUAGGAACUUUGAAUGUUUAAAACCAUGAAAUAGAGCAAAUAAAAUAGGAGGCUGCUGCAAAACCUACAUUCGAAUCACCUAAAUCUAUAAUAGGAAUUAAUAAAGCCCUUGCAAAGAGUUUAGCAUAAGAAUUAAUAUCUCCACUUAAAAGUUUCACUCCUAGUAGAUAUAACAGUUAAUUUUAAAAGAUUGAUUAAUCUUUAUCUGAAUUUCUUGAUUUUAAUCAGGCAAUAAUUGCCAGCAAAGAUAAAAAAUAAACUAAGAAUAUAAAGAAUCUGAAUGAGCAUAUUAACACUCCAAAAGGAGUAAAUGAUUAACAUAUUGACACCUCAAAGACUGUUAUUCAUGAUUUAAUUCUUAUGGGUAAAGAUUUAUUUGCAGCAGGAACCAACAAUGGUGGUGUGCAGAUUUGGAAGUACAAGGAUUUUAGCUUUUCUUGUAUCUUUUAAAUUUAAGCUCACUAUUCCCCAGUCAAAGUAGCAGCAACAAAUGUUUCUGGCAUUAUAUUCUCAUAUGGUAUAAAUGUUAAAGGAUAAAACUCUGUUAAGAUCUGGAAUAAUGAUACAGAGUCUUCUCUCACAGAGAUCAUUGAAAUCCUAGAAUUGCACCCAAACAAAAGCACAAUGCUUCAUUUAUUUUCACUUGCAGAAAUAUUUAAAGGAUCUCAAAAUAACUUAAUUUUUGCAACUUAUGGCAAUGAUGAUUUUAGUUAAAUUAAGGUUUGGGAUUUUGCUUUUGAUAACAAAAAUUUCAAUUCUACAAGCAAAAAUCAAAUAAAAUAGAAGUAAAUAAUAAGCACUGAAAAUGUAUAGCUUGAGAUAAUAAAGCAAGACUUUGAAAAAAAUAUAUUUAUUGGUUGCAGUAAAAAUUAAGUGAUUUUCUGGAAGUAUUAUUAUAGUAAAGAGACUCAAAGGCUUGAUAUUUAAAAGCUUUAAAGCUACACUUUUAAAAUUAACUUAGAAGAAAAUGGUAUUGUCGAUGUAGAGUUUGGUAUAAAUGAUGUUUAAGUUUCAACAAGACUAGGAUAAAUUACUUUGCUAGAGCUAAAUGGAUCCUUUAUUAAAAGUAUUCAAUUCUUCACAAAAUAUUUGAAAUAAAUUCAAAAAGAAGACAUAAAUGAUUUAGUUUUAAGAAAGGUAUUAUAUUACACAAUUCCAGAAAAAAUGAUAAUUAUCUGCUAGAAAAAUGAUACUCACACCAUAGUUCCUUUUUUGUAUAAUAAAGCAGAAGCUCAGCAUGAAGUUAUGGCAGAAUUAAAAAUUUAACAUCCUAUGAAAUUAGUCUUACCGAUAAAUGAAAUGCAAUUUGUUACUUUAGAAAAAAACAACAUACUAAAAUAGUAUUAUCUUUGA